UCGCGCGCGCCGGAAGUGGCGGUGCUCCGCGGCGGCGCGCCGGGCCGGCCAGCGCAGGGCGCUGGCCCGGUGUGCAGUUCCCCAGAGGCGGCAGCGUUGAGCGGCGGGCGCGAAAAGUCACCACCCAGAUAAUGGAUUUUAUAGAUCAGAUUGCUUAGUGUGGAUAUCAUGGUAACAAUACAGGAAGUAUACUUAAUUCUUACUUCUGCAAGUAGUCAUGACUACUGAAGAAAGAAUCUUUUAAAACUACAACAGAGUUCAUUUGGGUACCUCUUAUGGAAAUCUUAAUUUUGUUUUUAGCUUUUGGUAAUUUUUUGAUAAAGUCAUGAACAAGCAAAGAGCUUGUCUUGUCAGGCAAACACACGCUAGUGAGAAUGUCUAGAAGAGGACCGACUCUUCACAGCCGGACCCAGUGGCUGCUCUUGGGCCUCGCUUUGCUCUUCAGUUUAGUAUUGUUUUUGUACCUCCUGGAAUGUGCCCCCCAGACUGAUGGAAACGCUUCUCUUCCUGGUGUUGUUAGAGAAAAUUAUGGUAAAGAAUAUUACCAGGCCCUCCUGCAGGAGCAAGAAGAACAUUAUCAAACCAGGGCAACCAGUCUGAAACGCCAGAUUGCCCAACUAAAGCAAGAAUUACAAGAUAUGAGUGAGAAGAUGAGAGCCUUGCAAGAGAGAAAGAAGCUAGGGGCUAACGGCAUAGCCUAUCAGGGCAACAGAGAGCAGACGCCCAGUGACCUCUUGGAGUUUCUUCACUCCCAGAUCGACAGAGCUGAAGUUAGCAUAGGAGCCAAACUACCCAGUGAGUAUGGAGUCGUUCCCUUUGAAAGUUUUACUUUAAUGAAAGUAUUUCAGUUGGAAAUGGGUCUCACUCGCCAUCCUGAAGAAAAGCCAGUUAGAAAAGACAAACGAGAUGAACUGGUAGAAGUUAUUGAAGCUGGCUUGGAGGUCAUUAAUAAUCCUGAUGAAGAUGAUGAACAGGAAGAUGAGGAGGGCCCCCUUGGAGAGAAACUGAUAUUUAAUGAAAAUGACUUCAUAGAAGGCUAUUAUCGCACUGAGAGAGAUAAAGGCACGCAAUAUGAACUGUUUUUUAAGAAAGCAGACCUUAUGGAGUACAGGCACGUGACCCUCUUCCGCCCUUUCGGACCUCUCAUGAAAGUGAAGAAUGAGCUGAUUGACAUUACAAGAUCAGUUAUUAACAUCAUUGUGCCACUUGCUGAGAGGACAGAGGCAUUUUCACAGUUUAUGCAGAACUUCAGAGAAGUUUGUAUUCAUCAAGACAAGAGGAUUCAUCUCACCGUUGUGUAUUUUGGGAAAGAAGGACUAUCUAAAGUCAAGUCUAUUUUAGAAUCUGUCUCAAGUGAGUCUAAUUUUCACAAUUACACCUUGGUCUCAUUGAAUGAAGAAUUUAAUCGUGGACGAGGACUAAAUGUGGGUGCCCGAGCUUGGGACAAGGGAGAGGUCUUGAUGUUUUUCUGUGAUGUUGAUAUAUAUUUCUCAGCUGAGUUCCUUAACAGCUGCCGGUUAAAUGCUGAGCCAGGUAAAAAGGUGUUUUACCCUGUGGUGUUCAGUCUUUACAACCCUGCCGUUGUCUAUGCCAACCAGGAUGUACCACCCCCUGUGCAGCAGCAGCUGGUUCAUAAAAAGGACUCUGGCUUUUGGAGAGACUUUGGCUUUGGGAUGACUUGUCAGUAUCAAUCGGAUUUCCUGGCUGUCGGUGGAUUCGACAUGGAAGUAAAAGGCUGGGGUGGAGAAGAUGUUCAUCUUUACCGAAAAUACUUACAUGGUGAUCUUAUUGUGAUUCGGACUCCAGUUCCUGGUCUUUUCCACCUCUGGCAUGAGAAACAUUGUGCAGAUGAGCUGACCCCUGAGCAGUACCGAAUGUGCAUCCAAUCCAAAGCCAUGAAUGAGGCCUCUCACUCCCACCUGGGAAUGAUGGUUUUCAGGGAGGAAAUAGAGAUGCAUCUUCGCAAACAGGCGUACAGAACAAACAGCGAGGCUGCUGGGUAACAGACAGAGUCAGCACAUGAGAGUCUGAACCACACGCCAGCACUGUUCAUUCAGCCUUAAUCCCAACUCUAGAUUCUGUGCCUCUUCCAGAGAAAAACUUUUCUUUUCCAUGUUCUUUCUGAAAUUUUUUUGUAGCUCAACUUGAUGUAAGAAGAAAAUGCGGGUGUCUUGAUGUAAAGCCUGCCUUGUGAGAGAGUACUGUAGUAUGAAACAUCUGACAAAAUGAAAUUUGAUAUUUGUCCCCAAAAUCGUUUGAAUUAGAUUCUGCCUGGUUCCUGAGUUCUGACUGGUCCUGCGUGUGUGCGAGGCUGACGUUGAGUUGGUCAGCACACUUCUACAGGGGACAGAACAUUGGUUCCUGAGUUCUGACUGGUCCUGCGUGUGUGCGAGGCUGACGUUGAGUUGGUCAGCACACUUCUACAGGGAACAGAACAUUGGGUGGUCGUGAUGUUCAGGCAGAUACACCUGCUGACCACUAAGUCAGCCAUUUGACUUCAGUCUUUAGAUGAAAGUUUUCAUUGGUCACAUGUAGAAUAUUUUUUCACAGAGAAUAAUCUAUCUCUGUGAUAGAUUAUUAACAUAUCUGAAAUCUACAGUCAUAUCAUGAAGGCAUAAAUCAAAACCCCUUAGUCUCAUGUUGCUUUCCAUUUGAAUAUGUUUUAAAGCAAAUGGAUAUAGUAGAUGUAGUUUAGAAUUUAUGGUUUGAUUAUAAAUAAAAUAUAUUGUUAUGUUAUCGAUGUUCAAAAUGCAUAGUCAAAUUGUAGCAGAUUGUUUUGAACAUUUUAUUAUAUUGGAAUGCAGGAAAAUAGCUGUGUUUAGGAACAUCUUUUUAUAUAAGCCGGAUACAUCAGAACCUUCCUGAAGAGGCAUAGAAGAUAUGAACAUUAUAGCAUGGUUUUGUAUGGCUUUUGUUUUGCGCUGUCUUUUUUAGCAUGGGUAUAUAUAUAUUUAUUUUCUAGUAUGUUAAUUUUUGCUACAAUUGUGUUUGCAUUUGUAUUAUACUUUCAGUUGAAAGAGUUUUAUUGAAAAAAAGACAAUUUAAUGCUUUAUAUAAUAAGACCACCCUUGAUUUGAGAAAAGGGAAGGAAAGAAAAGUGAUCUGAUAAAAAUAUGAAUUAUGGAGUACUUUUAAAAACAUGUACAGAUUGAUGCUAUUUUAAUUGAAUGUAAAUUAUAUUAAUGAGACAAGAUGAAUAAGAAAUUAUAUUCCAAUAGAACUGUACUAUAAUAUUUAUCACACGUGGAUAUUUUAUCAUUGGGCCAUUUACUAGAUCCAGAAAUUGGAGAUAAAGUAAAGGCACGCAGAAUUUCUUAAGCCCUGACUUUUAAAGGAACCUGCUAUUUGUAUACAACCCAUGAGAAGUCGGAAAAAGUCAUUAUUUUUGUUCAGUAAAUCAUACCAUCUCAAGUGUUACAAAUGCCAAAUUUCUAGGUGCUAACAUCAAUCCAAUUCAAUAAUAACUAAUAGCUGAGGGUUCUACCUGCGGUAGUGUUGAGGUAUUUUUAAGAUGUAUAAAAUGCUUUCUGCAGAAUAAGCAGAGCCAGUGUCUCCUUUGUACACACUUAUUUAUUGUAAAGACCAGUGACCGUGGUAUUUAAAAUUAGGGUACUUAAUGAUUUACAAAAGUGGUUUCAGCUUGGUUUUGAGAUAAUCAAAUGAUUUUUACUUUAACUCCUAUUUUUUUUAAACUAGCUUUUAUUUGAAGAGGGAAGCUAAGCAAUGAAAGCAUUACUAUAUUUUUACAUUAAGUGUUACCAAUAAAGUAUUUUGUUACCAAAGACUAAA